AUGUUGGUUGCUAUAGGUGCAUGUUAUAUAGAUACCAUUCUAACCACUCCAUAUUAUCCCGAGGAAGAUGAGAAGCUGCGAGCAUCCAAUGUUUCCCGAAGGCGAGGCGGUAAUUGUCCUAAUACCCUUGAAGUACUGCAACAGGUGAUCUCGCAUGCUUCCUCGGAGAGAGCAUUGGCGCUGAAGCUGGUCUCCGUCCUGCCGGCAAAGUCCUCAGUAGCAUCGCAACAAAUCAUCUCUGCACUUGCACCUGGGGUGAACCUCGACCAUUGCAUCUAUCGUGAGAAUUUUACAGAACCAGCGUCAUGUUAUAUCAUCAAAAGUCAAUCCACUGGCAGCAGAACCAUUGUCAAUUACAAUGAGCUUCCGGAAAUGACUGUGGAGGAGUUUAUGACAAUUGCAGACGAAAUUGGUCCACAGACUUCCUGGUUCCACUUUGAGGGACGAAUACCACAAGUGACUGCCGAAUGCAUUCGAUAUCUUCGAAGGCAGUUUCCAGGCGUUCGCAUCAGUGUCGAGAUUGAGAAGCCAGGCCGACCUGGUCUUCAAGAGCUUGCAGCGCAGGCCGAUGUUGUCUUCUACUCCAAGACCUGGGCACAGGUGGAAACCCUCUCGAACCGCAGCUUUUAA